UCUAACAACAACCACUCCAUCCAUCCCCCAUUCUCAUACGCCACUCACUCUCUCCCAAUCCAUCUACCCAUCCAUCUGAAUUUCCAAUGGCACUAGUUAGAGAGCGCCGCCAACUCAACCUCCGCCUCCCAAUCCCAGAACGCUCCGACCACCGCCCUCGCUUCCCUUUACCUCUCCCACCCACCACUACCACUACCACAACCAACACCUCCGCCGCCACGUCAGCCGCUUCAAUCACAUCCUCCGACUUGGAAAAACUCCAAGUUCUAGGCCACGGCAAUGGUGGCACGGUCUACAAAGUCCGUCACAAACGCACCAGCACUGUUUACGCUCUCAAAGUCGUCCACAGCGACUCCGACCCCACUCUCCGCCGCCAGGUCUUCAGAGAAAUGGAAAUCCUCCGCCGCACCGACUCCCCCCACGUCGUCCGCUGCCACGGGAUCUUCGAGAAGCCGUCGGGUGACAUAUGUAUUUUGAUGGAGUACAUGGAUUUAGGCACGCUAGACUCGCUGCUCAAAACCCACGGGACCUUCUCUGAACCCAAGCUCGCUGACGUGGCGCGUCAGGUUCUCAACGGCCUUAACUACCUCCACGGACACAAGAUCAUCCACCGUGACCUUAAGCCUUCGAACCUGCUGGUCAACGAUAAAAUGGAAGUGAAAAUCGCCGACUUCGGUGUCAGCAAAAUCAUGUGCCGUACGUUGGACGCGUGUAACUCCUACGUUGGCACGUGCGCGUACAUGAGUCCCGAACGGUUCGACCCGGACACCUACGGCGGAAACUACAAUGGGUACGCUGGCGAUAUAUGGAGUUUGGGGCUAACUUUGUUGGAGCUGUAUAUGGGUCAUUUUCCAUUUCUGCCUCCGGGUCAAAGACCCGACUGGGCGACCCUGAUGUGCGCGAUUUGUUUCGGAGAGCCGCCGAGCUUGCCGGAACAAGCCUCCGAAGAGUUUCGGAGUUUUAUUGAAUGUUGUUUGCAGAAGGAGUCUAAUAAGAGGUGGACGGUGGCUCAGCUUUUGGCCCACCCGUUUGUGUGUAAAGAUCCGAGAUAAUAGAGUUCAAUGAUGGUUCAGGGUCGGGCUUUCAGAUCUGACCAUUUUGGGCUCUAGUAUUUUUUUUUUGAGUUCUGUAAUUUGUAUAUAUAAUCCGGAUCCGAAGAAUUUCCUUGUUUUUUUCAACCGUUACCUAGUUGUACAUUCUUUUUCACUCUUUUGAUUUUAGCUCCUGUAAGUUCAAGCAGCAAAAGACUGCUUUGAAAUUGAAUGAAGGACAUUUUACA